AUGAGGAUAAUGGCCAUCAAACGAAAUCAAUCCAGUGGCAACGAUGAAACUACUCCAUUACUUCGAUCUCAUGACCAUGACCUUCAAGAACCAUUAGCAAGACCAAUUGACCUUCCAAGUUAUAAAAAGGUCACUAUCUUUGCUGCUACUUGGACCGGUACCAUUGUCGCUACUUUGAGUUCUUCAAUAGCUUCCUCAUUCUCAGCUGCAAACGAGGUAUCUUGGCUAGGAACCUCUUAUCUUCUUGCACUUUCAGCCACCUCACCUUUAUACGGUCGUCUUUCAAAUCUAAUUGGUAGACGUUUGUCGAUUUUUAUAGCUCUUACUUUAUUUACCAUUGGAACUAUAGCAUGCGGACUUUCUACCUCUAUGAAUUCAUUUAUCAUUGCACGCUUCGUGGCUGGGACAGGUGGUGGCGGGGUGAUGACUACUAGUAGUAUCAUCGCAUGUGAUCUUGUACCGCUCAAUCGAAGAGGAGUGGUUCAAGGACUUACAAGUAUCUGUUUUGGGGCUGGUGCGGCCUUGGGUGGACCUUUGGGUGGAUGGCUUGCAGAGGGAUUAGGUUGGAGAUCUCCAUUCAUAGGCCAGGUACCAGUCCUCGUCCUUGCAAUGGGAAUGGUAGCGUAUUUCAUUGAUUAUCGCUGCGAAGGUGAAGCUACCAAUAAAGCGGAAUUGAUUCGCCGAAUAGAUUGGUGGGGAAGCUUGAGCUUAGUCCUAUGGAACGGGAGCUUAUUGUUAUCGCUCAGUUUUAAAAAUGAUCAGCAAUUACCUUGGACAGAUCCUCGAGCUCGAGUGGCUUCUGAGCCCGUUUUACCAAUCAAAUUACUCAAGCAGAAGUCACCAUCCUCGAUUGCUUGUACAUACUUUUUGAUCAGUAUGGUCUUCUACAGUGUGCUAUACAUGUACCCUAUGUACCUCGAAACUGUCGCAUCCCAAACUUCAUCUGAAGCAGGCCUCCACCUAGUCUCAAAUUCCAUUGCCAUAGCUUUUGGCUCUCUACUAUCCGGGCUUCUCAUUCGGCUGACUUCGCGGCAUAAAGCUAUUACCGUGGGUGGUGCUGUUUUCUUUGGAACUGGUUCAGCUAUCAUGCUUGCGAGUGGGUUAAAACAAGCAUGGUCACAAUGGAUUGCAAUUAUUCCAAUCGGCUUUGGGUUUUCAUCGGUACUAACUUCCUUACUUGCAAGAAAAAGUCAAAUAGACAUAGUGACAGUCUCUUUAUGGUCCACAGUGGGUUUGAUGGUUUCAGUCUCAGCUGAAGAGAUGGCAAUUGCCACAGCACUUAUUUACUUGUUUCGGUAUACCGGCCAAGUAGUAGGAGUUGCAAUUGUUUGA